AUGCGCGUGUUACAAAAGAACAUCAAUAUAUCUGGCAUUCUGUUGGACUCGCUGUUUGACAGCAGCAACGAUGAGUGGCCUGAGGUUGUCCGUUUGGUCGGCGAAGGUAUGACCUCCGGGGUAGUGCGACCCCUGAAGACAACAGUGUUUGACAAGAUGGAGGUGGAAGGGGCCUUCCGGUUUAUGGCUCAGGGGAGACAUAUCGGGAAAGUCGUCAUCAGGAUCAGAAACGAAGAAAAUGAGAAAGUGGCUGUACCCCCAGCAGUAUCUAUCCUGGCGGUGCCGAGAGCAACAUGCAACCCCAACAAGUCGUACGUGAUCACAGGCGGUCUGGGAGGGUUUGGCCUGGAGCUGGUUCAGUGGCUGGUGGAGAGAGGAGCCAAGAAACUUGUGCUCUCUUCCAGGUACUCCGUGCUCCAUGAUGGUUUGCUUGACAACCAGAGCUCAGAAACAUUCAGAGCAACCUGCGAGCCCAAAGUUCAAGGAACUAUCAAUUUCGACAAAGCCUCAAGGGAUCUGUGCAAAGACUCGCUGGAAUGGUUCGUUGCCUUUUCCUCUUAUGUUGCGACCAUUGGCAAUGCAGGACAAACCAACUACGGCUUUGCAAACUCUGCUGUAGAACGUAUCUGUGAGAUGAGAAAGGCCCAGGGGUUUCCAGCUCUGGCCGUCCAGUUGGGUGCUGUGGGCGAUGUUGGCGUGGUGAUAGAGACAUUGGGACCUGACGCCAUCGUGGCUGGCACUUUCCCCCAGAAGGUAGCGUCCUGCCUGGUUGCACUGGAGCGUUUCCUCACUCAAGGUCACUGCGUGGUCGCCAGCUUUGUGUUGCCCGAAAAGAAAUCAGAGACGAAGGACAAGAAAGGGACACACGUGAAUCUCGUGGAAGCUGUGGCUAAGAUUUUAGGUGUAACAAACGCCUCCACCCUUAAUCCUGACACCUGUCUGGUAGACCUUGGCCUGGAUUCCCUCAUGAGUGUAGAGAUUCUCCAACUGCUUCUGAGAGAUUUCCAAAUUUCUCUCACCUCCAGGGAAAUUAGAAGUCUGACGAUGAGCAAAAUACAGAAGAUGAACCAGCCAGAUAGCGGACUUGAAGGAGACGACAAAACCCUUGCUCGGAGUGAGAGCCGCAGACAGUCAAGAAGAGUGUCAUCCUCCAUUUUGUUUUCUUUCUGAAACUCAUAGAUCUAGUCGCACAGACUUUUCAAAAUAUCUACAUAGUACAUGUAUCCAUUUUUUGGUUAGGGAAAGCAACAAAAUGCACAUCUUCAGAGAGCCUGCCACCAUCUCCUUUGGUGGGAAAGAGGAGACACAGCACUAUCUUUACAACGUAAUAUUAUUACUUUUUCUAGGAUGGGUAUGCAGUACCAUUACUUUUAGAAAAUAAAUAAUGUCAAAACAAACCCCCAAAAAAACAUUCUUCCGUCACCAAGUUAACUCUUAUUUUUCGAAGAUCAGAUAUCAUUAUAUUCAUAUGCAGAAGUUAAAAUCAUAUCAUUUUUUUAAAAAUUUUGAGGUAUUUAUGUAAUUGGGUUUUACUCUCUGAUCUUUUAAAGUAGAGGUUUACUGAUGCCCUUGUGGAAUUGAUACAUUUGUUUUUAAAUGCAGUUUUGCAUUUGUUUUUUGAUUGCUGUUGAUGCUUUAUUUAUAUGUUUUAAAUAAUUUAACAGCAAAAUUUUUCAAAACCUCCUAUUUACUUUUUAUGCUAUUGUCAAGAUUUCUAGGUCUAUUGAAAUGUAUGUGAAAAGUAGACUUGUACUACUAAGAUCUUAGAUUGCGCACUUUAAUGGCCGCCUCUCUUCAAGAAGAAGAAGAAGAAGAAGAAGAAGAAGAAGAAGAAGAAGAAGAAGAAGAAGAUAACCGAAUGCAUGAAGAACCUUUUUCUCUUGUCCGUCGUAAAAAAAUAGUGGUUUAAAUGACGAGCCCCAUAGCUUGAUAUCGGGAAUACGGAGAGUUUGGUUGACCGUCAUAUGACCUUAUGCAGUUGUGAGAGCCGUAAAAACUCUACUAAAACUAAACUAAAAGGAGAGUUUGGUCUAAGAUUGUAUGGUACAAGUCUAAGAAGAGGAAUUGUCGUUGGUUUCUGUUUUGCUUCGUUGUUUGCUCUGUCGUUGUUCUUUUGUUUGUUUCUUUUUCACAAUUCAUUCUUUUAUUAAUGUAAACAUUUCCUUAAAAAUCAAUUCAAUUAUUUCAAUUGAUCAUUGCUCCUCUCAAUGUUUAACUUCUCUCUAUUCCCCUUUUCCUCCAAAUGGAAGAAGACAUGUGAAUUUUGAUUUGGCCUUUAUGUAAUACUUUGCUGAUGCUAUUUAUAAAUUGUGUUCAUUGCAUUUGAUUUUGAUUUUAAAGUCUAAAAAAAAUGUAUAAUCUAUUUUCAACUUGGAAUACUCUGAUGAGAUCCUUAUAAUUAACGUCACUGGUUGUUUUAUUUUACUUAUGAUUGUUCAAUUCUUUUACCCAUUGUGAUGGUAUUCAAACAUGUGUGAGUCAUGAUGAUAGACAGAGAUAGACAGAGUACUUUGUUUACAUGUAGAUCGGUUAUCAUGUUAUACAUUGCGAUAAUUUGUAGAAAAUGUUUUACGUUUUACACCCAUAUCAACUCAAAUAAGAUCAUUUUGGAGCUUAAUACAUGUACUUUGAACUACUAUUCGCUGUCAACCAAUUCAGCCUGUAGGGUAUUCUUCUCAGCAGAAAGAUGGAAGUGACUGAUAAAUGUUUCUUCCACGUAGGAAAAGAAGCCCUGUUCUUUGCGUCCUAGGCUUGAGAGCAUACAGAAUACCACAGAAGCCAACCUGGUGUUACCCGGAGUAAUGGACGCUUUAACAAGAGUGAAAUCUGUUUGGCGAAAGCGAUUUUCAUUAAUCUAUCUUAGCUAUUAACUUUUCAAAGGCAUGAGUUUCUACAGAAGCUUACCUUGAAAUGACUGAUUUAUCUAUUAUACAAUCGGGCAUCAAGCUAGUUAAACACCUUAUACAUUUUUUCAAUAGCUAACAUUUUUCAGUUUAGUUUACAUUUAAGAACCACAACAAAUGCUUGAAUUAUCAGGUACCAUCUAAACAUCACUAAUGGCCAGGCUAAAGCAAACUGUUUUGGGGAUAUACAUGGGGUUUUUUUUCAAAGGUAAUAGUUCUGACCAAACUUCAGUUUAGCUUUUUACUAUCUUGGGGAAGUGUCGGCCUAAGGGAUGUGGCUGCUCGGGAUAACUUCAUCACGGCUAAGCUUCACCUGAUUUGGUGAGCUUUUUGCUCAGUUGGUAUCACGCUGAAUAGCAGAGCGAGCGAACGCAGUUGGCAUCCUGGAUGACUUCUUGUUUUAUUGUGCGUAUGUGUGAGAUUGUUGUUUUUUAAAUAAAUAGCCGUGACAUAUAUGCCGUGUAAUCAUGGUGUUACCACCAUGACAUAUCCCAUCACAUCUUUUCACACUACAUGUAUACCAACUAUACUAAACACUAUUACACCAUAACUUAAUGUUAUGGUCACAGCAUAAUCUAUUGCAAACGAUAUUUGUUUUACCUGAUACCAACCGCUAUUUAUUAAAUGGAAGGUUCGGAAUGGGCGAGACAAAAUUGCUCUCGUGAAAACGUUAAAGUUAUUAAAGUGAAGGUGACCACCGAUAUGUAAUAAUAUUAAAACGUUAGGUUUCCUUUUAAAGGGUUGACCUGUAAGGCAAAGAAACAGCAGAAACCUAUCAUGACCCAAAAUGUUGUUUAUAGGCAAAAAUACUAAAAAGGUUGUUUUUUUAAUAAGGCCCGACCAUCCAGAUUCUGAUCGUAUUUUGAUACCUUAAAAAGGAUUGAGGAGUUUUGGAGUAAAAGCAUCGUCAGUGGUAGUAGUAGUAAUAGCGGUAAUAGUUCACAAAGUAGACAAGGUUGUUGUGGUGGCGGUAGUAGUAGUAGCAGCAGUAGUGUAGUGGUGAUAUUCUAGAGAUGAUAGGGGCGAUGCUAGUUGUAGUGGUUUAUUGGUGGUAGUUGCGGUUAUUCUUAUUAGGCCUAGCUACAGCAGAAGCAGCUGACUUUUUGUCGCAAAUCACAGAUUCUGAAAAUAUAGGAGAGGGAAAACUUAUAAAACAGCUCCUCUCAGCUAAUUACUAAAAAUUCAGCUAGAGGCACUCUGUGAGUAAUGAAUAUAUUCGCAGGCGUACAUGGUAUAAGCAGUGAAAUAAAUAAUCAACGCACCAUCCAGUUUGAUUACAAACAGGAAAUAAAUUAUACCAGAACAAAAAGGAACAGACUGUAACAUGCUGUUUUGUUUAGUUUCUUUCUUUUGUUUGGGGUUUUUUUGGGUUGUUGUUGUUGUUUAUUUUUAUUUUUAUUUUUCCCGUACAAGAUAUAGCGUGUUCACUGUAGCUCAUGUGUAUUUGGUUGUUGUUUGUUUUUUUUUGUUGUUUUUUUUUUAGGAGGGUGGGUUGUUUGUUUUUUGCCUUGCUUUAAUUUGCUUUGCGGGAUGGGGGGAGGGGGGUCCGGAACAAAAGUACACCAACCAGUGUCCCGUCAAGGAAGCAGUGAUCUUGUCAUUUCAAACGUGUUUUUAUUCUGACUAGAGAGAGUAUUAUGGUCUUUUAGUGGACAUCGUUGUAUGAUUUCUAAGUUCUUACAUGCGGCUGAGCUCUGAAGGCCUUAUCUUGCUCGACUUUCAGUUGCUGUUGUGUUUAAAAGAACACAGCGUUCUCUUGAGACCACUGCCUUAAGGAUUGUCGUUUUUAUCCGAGAAGAUGAGCAGGUAAAUUCUCUUUUACCCCGGGAAUAGGAAUAGAUAUGAAAACCCUGACCAAAAAAAAGAAACUAGCUGAUCCAUGAUCAGGCCGCAAGGGCUGUCUUCAAACCUUGUGCCUCGGCACUAAAGGCAAACGUCUGGAUCAGGCAGGGGUCAUCAAACUUUUCAGAAAGGCCACCUAUAUUCUCACAAGGUAGCUCAUGACCCGCUAUUCACACCCCCACCCCGAUGUGAGCAUAAGGUGAGCUUUAAUGUUCUUAAAAUGAGGCUAAAUCUAGAUCUAGAUCUAUAAUUGAGAGUAUCCGUAGGUAUCAGCUGUGUUCUGCUCUUGACAUUUCGUCCUUGCAUAACAAUAGAUCUAUAUCUAGACUAGAUUUCUAGUCUAGAUCUAAAAUCUAGAUCUAGAUCUAGAUCCUUUGGGGUUUUUUAAAUAUGUGUGUUGGUUGUUGUUUUUUUCACAGUUGUCUUCUGUUCAUGGAGUGAAUUCAAUGGCCUUCACCCAACCCAUAAAAUAAACUAAACCUGAAACUUA